CAUAAUUAUACAUAUUUAAUAUAUAUUUUAAUAUAUAAAAAACUGGAGCUUUUCUCUGACACGUGCACCAAUCUCGACACUUGAAUGAAGAGUGGUUCUACUGUCAAACCGAACUUGUUACUCCUGCUCCAAGCAUGCCCAACUACGCUCCUCCAAAUAUCCCCUAACAAAAGUAGUUGAGAUUAGGUUAUGUCAGUUCAAGUCAGGUAGUUCUCUUCUCCAAUUAUAUAUAUAAAAAUCCACUUUUGCCUUUCAACAAACAUCUACCCUGCAAUUUCUUCACAAUGUCUCUCACUUUCCUUGCCUCUCUGCGCGAUCGGAUUUCAAUGCGUUGGCCCCUCCUGCUAUACGCCGCCACAUGGACUGCACUUCUGACAACGAUAGUGGCUGUGGCUUCUUUCUCGCCUGAGAUGGCUUUUGUAUCAGCAAUAUCUACUUCGUCUGCGUUUUCUCGGAAGUGUGAAGCACAAGGAACCGUCAGAGUUCCAGUGGACGUGCCGGGAGAGAUUGUGUGCUUGCCGGCUCAACUGUUUGUAAGAUCAAAGAUCGAUUUGAUUGUUCCUCCAGUUUUCGCGGCCGUUGUAGUGGCUGGGUCCGCUUGGGUAGUUCGGGCAAUGGGCCUCUGGGACGAUCAUGAGGCCCGUUGAGGGGCUUUUUUUUAUAAAAAAAAUUUUUUUUAUUCUCAUUUGUUUUUUCACUUCAAUAUUAACUAGGGAAAGACAGAAAUUUGGUUCAUUUCAAAAUAAGUUUCAAUUUCUAUUAUUUUGAAUGAUUAAUUUUAGUUAUUAGACUAUUAUAAGUAAACUCUAUAAAAUCUUGAGAACUUCAGGUAUUGAGAUUUGUGUUGCAAGGUUAUUCUUUGGGUUUAUUUAGAAUAAGAUGGUAUUGAGGCAUUGUUUAGUUGAAGGUUUGUAAAAUAAUAAG